AAUUGCUAUAGAUCCACAAGGCAUAAAUCACAAAUGAAAAACAUUUUGUAGAAACAAUAAAUCACUUAUUUUAUUUCAAACAUUGAUUAAAAGUUUGUAAUUGCUAAGUUUCCACAUGGAAAACAAUUUGUAUCAAGUAUAGAGUAUGAGCUUGGAAAUAAUCCAUGAUAAAGAGGUUAUCUUUGUAAAGAAUAAAAUGUUUUGACAAUGUGACUGUAGACGUGAAUUGAUAUCGCAAGGAUCAAUGAUCACCGAGACCAGGAUAGCAUUUUAUGUAGCAGCUGAUUUUUGACAAAGGUUUUGUACAACCUGCACAAUGAUCCAACAUCAACUCGUUGAUGAGUCGCCGCUGGUGCAAGCGGUGUUCGCGGGUGGCUGCGACGACGUGAUGAGCCUGCUGGCGGACAAGGAGAACCCGAACGCGCGCGACUCGAGCGGCCGAUGCGCGCUGCACGCGGCAGCCUGGAAGGGCGACCUGCGCGUCGCCGAACUGCUGCUGCAGAGCGACGCCACCCCCAGUCCCAAGGACAAGGAGUGGAACACGCCGCUGCACUGCGCCUGCGCCUGCAAGAACGAGGCAGUGGUGGAACUACUGUUAGAGCACAAGGCUGAUGUGUCGGCGCGUGACAGAUGCUGGCGCACACCGCUGCACGUUGCUGCAGCUAACAACGCAGUGGGCUGCGCCGAACUGCUGCUGCAACACAUGGCCAACGUCAACGUCACCGACCGACAGGGCCACGCCAGUCUGCAUCAUGCCGCCUACAACGGACACCACGAG